UUUUUCAAUUGUCAAUCGAUUUGCGCCAGAGGGUUUUGCUUAACAUUUCCCGUUUGAUUGAGGUUUUUCCAGUUUCUUGUUUGUUAAUUUGAAAAUGGCAGAUGGCGCGGCGGAUUCCAGAGUGCAAGGACCCGCUGACGAUCGAAACCCCAACUCUGUCAAUGCGGUGAUUGAAUCCAGCGAUGGUGGUGCCCCCGCAGAAUCCACCUGCAACAACAACAAUGCUUCUAAAAUAUCCGCCGUCCCUAACGACGAUGAACGAGAACAGACCUUGGAAUUUGCCGACGAGUUGAUGGCUCGUGGCUCUAAAGCCGCCAAGGAUGGCGAUUACGCCGAAGCCACUGAUUGCUACAGCCGUGCCCUAGAAAUCAGGGUUGCGAAAUUUGGCGAACUUGCUCCAGAGUGUGUUGCUGCUUACUAUAAAUAUGGAUGUGCUCUGCUGUACAAAGCACAAGAGGAGUCUGAUCCCCUGGGCUCUAUGCCAAAAAAGGAGGGUGUCUCUCGUGAAGAUUCCAGUAAAGAAAGUUCAUCAAAACUUCACGUCAAUGGCCAAUCUUCAGAUACCUCACCUGCAAAAAAUGUGGAGCAAGAUGUGAAAGCUGAAGAUGAAGGAGACAGUGAGAGUGAUGCUGAAGACCAACCUGAUGGUGAUGAGGAUGAGUCUGACCUUGAUUUGGCUUGGAAGAUGCUUGAUGUUGCUCGUGCCAUCGUUGAGAAGGGCUCAGGUGACACAAUAGAAAAGGUGGACAUAUUGUCAGCUUUGGCAGAAGUAGCUCUAGAAAGAGAGGAUGUUGAGACUUCACAGAGUGACUACUUGAAGGCACUCUCUAUGUUGGAGCGCUUGGUUGAACCUGAUAGUCGGCUUAUUGCUGAGCUGAACUUUAGGAUAUGCUUGUGUCUUGAAAUUGGUUCGAAACCAGAAGAAGCUAUUCCAUAUUGCCAAAAAGCUAUUUCAGUUUGCAAGUCAAGAGUUCAGCGACUUUCAGAUGAAGCAAAGAGCUUACCAGCAGAAGCAUCAACCACUACUGAGACAGGACCAACUGUUCUUGAUAAAAAGUCAGAGAUUGAAACACUGAUUGGUCUCUGUGGGGAACUAGAAAAGAAGCUUGAAGACCUUCAACAGCUUGUCUCAAACCCAAAAUCUAUCCUCUCAGAUAUCCUGGGUGGGAUUAUGUCUGCAAAAGCUAGGGCUCUUGAGAAGAAUGAACCAGCAAUGAGCUCAUCGCAGAUGGGUACUGUCACCACUGUUGGAGCAGACUCUCCAGCUGUUUCUACAGCUCACACAAGUGGCGAUGCUGGAGUGACACAUCUAGGCGUGGUGGGAAGAGGAGUCAAGCGAGUCGUGAUGAGUUCGACUGCAGAAUCAAGCCCUGCUAAGAAACCUGCAAUAGAUACCUCAAACAAUGCCGGAACAAAUGAGAAGAAUGAAUAGUUUUAGCCCUAUGCUUAUAUGUUGCCUUCAACUAUUUUGCUGCGUCUAUGUUUCAUUUUAUGGACUGGACUCCCUUAAGAUAAUGUAAUUCGGCUUCUGAUUUAAGGUUUGCAGAUUUCAUGUCCGGCUAUAAAAAGAAAUCUACCUUAUGGUUUCA